GGCCGCCUCGCCGUCCGCCGGGCCGGUAUCCAAGGCGGGCCGGGAGAGCGGCCCUUAGCAACGGGCCGGGAUCGGCCCCCGGCGCCAUGGCAGCAGCCGCCGCCGCCGCAGCCCCCACCGUCUUCCUGCUGAUGGUGAACGGGCAGAUCGAGAGCGCCCAGUUCCCAGCGUUUGACGAUCUCUACUGCAAGUACUGCUUCGUCUACGGCCACGACUGGGCCCCCACCACGGGUUUGGAAGAGGGAAUAUCUCAGAUCACCUCUAAAAACAGAGAUGCACAGCAAGCCCUUGUGUGGAAUUUUCCAAUUGACAUCACCUUUAAAAGUACUAACCCCUCUGGCUGGCCACAAAUAGUGGUAAGUGUCUAUGGACCUGAUCUUUUUGGAAAUGAUGUCGUCCGAGGUUAUGGAGCUGUUCAUGUUCCGUUCACACCUGGAAGUCAUAGAAGAACCAUUCCUAUGUUUGUUCCAGAAUCCACAUCUAAGCUGCAAAAAAUUACAAGUUGGCUUAUAGGAAGACAUCCAGAGUUCACUGACCCAAAAGUGGUAGCGCAGGGAGAAGGCCGAGAAGUGAUCACGGUGCGAUCCCAAGGCUUUGUGACCAUUUCCUUCAAUGUGGUGACUAAAGACAUGAAGAAACUGGGCUAUGACGUAAGCCCAUCAGACAUGCAGAACCCUUCAGUGGUGUCUCUUACAGAUGGGAUUCAUAACCAUUGAAAAUCUCCCCUCUGCCCUCCCCAAUCAUUUAAAGGCACACGUGGGAGGCGAGCACCAUACUUGUACUGAUUUUCUAUUUUUAUAUGACAGCUCAAGCCAUAAGGUGUGUUGCAAAAUACCUUUCUAUCAUAACCUUUUGUACAUUUUUUUAGUUAAUGAAUAGCCAGUUUACAUUUGUUUUUAAAAAAAUGGUUUAAUGUAUUCCAAACAUCAGUGCAGGCCUAAAAUUGUUUACGAAUGGUAUUGAAGUGGUAGUGGGAAAUUCAGAUAGCAAUACCGUCCAAAAGGAAGGGAAUCGGAGACUAUUUCAGUGGCACAUUCAUGCACGUUCUUCUGCGAAAGCAACAAAAAAGUGGUUUGUUUUAGGGGGAGGGGGAAAUUCACAGAGAGUUAAGUGUUUAAUAUCCCCUUGCUUUAUGCAUUUACCUCUCAUUGGCACAUUGAGAUUUAAGUGCAGCUGUUGAGGGAGAAAUAGAUCUCAGUGUGAGGAUCUGGAAAAGAGCACACAGCCUGAGUAAACAGGACGUGCACUCAGCCAUAAGCAAUGGGGAAUCCGCUGGCCCACCUUGUUACAGAUCCCCUCUGCUGUACGGGAUUGCCAGGAGUAGCAGUCAGGGCCACCUCUUCCUGGUUAUGCAACUACUCUGAAACCUUUCUGGAAUUUGUGCAUUUUCUUUGUUACUGCUGAAGGUACUUCUCCCCUUGUCCUCUUAGCCCAGCUCUUCCAUUUGCUUCAUUCCACAGUAAGCUAAAGUAAUAACUCUGUGAUGAUGGCAAUGAAAUGAGUGUGCUAUCACAAAUCCAGCGUUCUAAUGACCGUCCAGGAUAGGCUGUGAGGCAGGUAAUUGUUUAUAUGGGUGCUAUGCCAUGGCUUUCAGUAACCAACAAACAUGGUAAGGAAAAUAACGUGCUGAAUUUCAAGUUUGAUUCAUGAAGGUUUUCCUCACUGUUUGUAUAACCUUAGAAAUUGUCAUCAUGUUGUUUCUUGUUACAGUACAUGGCAACAGCUCCAAAGCUAACACACUAUUCUCAGCAGGCUGCAGUUUGAGGGUACUUCAUUCCGAGGAUAUGUCUACACUGCAAUAAAAGAGCAGUGGGCAAGGCCGCAGCUGGCCUAGGUCAGCUGACUUGUGCUGCGGGUCUAUAAGGUUGCUGCGUAGAUGUUUGGGCUCAGGCUGGAGUCCUGGUUCUGAGACCCUGCAAGGGGGUUGGGUCUCAAAGCCCAGGUGCCAGACCGAGCCCAAACAUCUACGCUGCCAAUGUUAGCCCUGCAGCCCAAGCCUGAGUCAGCUGACCCGGCCGCUGAGACUCAGUGCCGUGGGUUUUUUACUGCAGUGUAGACGUACCCUGAAUGUCCUCCCUUCCCUGACCUUUCACGUGACUGUCCGCUAAGCUGAUACUGGAGCUCUGCAUUUGGAUUGAAUAAACCCAAAUAGCUAAAUAUUUAUCUUUUGUGUGCUUUUUUUUCCUUAAGGGAACCAUUUAUUAGCCCAAAGUAACACAAGCUCUAGUCUUCUUAUGAUCUUUCCACCAUCCUUUGUGUCCAAACUACAGAACUUAAAUCCAUAGCGAGACGUGAUUAUUUAGUCAAUUUGAGAGACUAUAUUUGGGUACAUGGCUUGCAAAUUUUGACUUCAAAUACCAUGAGAAGACCAGACUUAAUAUUAUUUCACCCUAUUUAUAAGUCACUGAAACAUUAAAAAGCCUUUGGAAAAACAAGCACAAAGAAAAACAAAUUUUGAACCACUGCACAUCCACAGUAAUAUUAAAUAAAGCGUGCUAUUUAUAGUACUAGAAUUCCUUAUGCACGUAAACCUGUACACUAUGAACACUGUGUUUUGUAAAUAUAAAUGAUGAAGAUCUUGUAAAGCACCUUGGAAUUUUGCUCUGUUCCUUAAUCAUUUUGUACUUUUAUAAAUGAUUUUACAAAUG